CCUACACUCUUUUAUUCCACCAACCCCCAAGUCUUCCCAAGAAGACAGUCAAGAUGGAGUGGGAUCCCACCCAAUUCUUCCGCACGGACGACGAUCCCCCCGCGCCGUUUGCUCUGCUCGUGCUGAAUCAGCCAAUCAACGAGAAUGCCUUUGGGGUGUUGGCUGGACGUGCACGGGCCAUCGUCUGCGCCGACGGUGGCGCGAACCAUUUCUAUGAGAUGAUGAAGGGGCAUGAUAAAGAGGAUACUGAUCUCCCCACCCUCAUAAUCGGCGACCUAGACUCCAUCAAACCGCACGUGCGAUCCCACUACGAAAAGCAUGGGGUGUCUAUCGUCCACGACGCAGAUCAGUACUCGACGGAUUUCACCAAGGCUUUGAAAUAUUUGCGCUCGCACGAGGGUGACUUUUUGCCUUCUCAGUCGUCCUCAUCACCAUCAUCAGCAGCAGAGAAAGCAGAAGCAGCAGCAGCAGCAGCAGCAGCAGAAGAAGAAAAACCCUCCCUCUCAAUUCUCAUUAUGGGCGGGCUAGGCGGUCGUGUCGAUCAGGCUUUCUCGCAAAUCCAUCAUCUGUACCUUAUGACGCAGGAGGAGCAGCAGCAGCAGCAACAGCAAUCUACAACCCAAAAAGACGCCGCCUCCCCAACAGAAAGACCAAGAAAGAGAAAAAGAAACAACCUCUACCUCAUCUCCUCAGAAAGCAUAACCUUCAUCCUCCAACCGGGCCAAAACAAGAUCUCCACCCCCCGAACCAACCGACCACACCAUCCUCCCACCACCACCACCACUACCACAACCCAAGAACGAAAACCCGCCCCAGAAGAAAAAGAAGACUAUCUUCUGGAAGAAAACAUCGGCAUAAUCCCCCUCUCGGGCCCAGCCCGAAUCACAACGCACGGCCUCCAAUGGGAUGUCACCGACUGGAAGACCGAGAUCGGCGGGCAGCUGAGCACGAGUAACCACGUGCGGGCUGAUAUGGUGGAGAUACAUGUGGACGGGGUGGCUGUUUUGGUGACGGUUGAGUUGGCGGGGAGGUUUAAGCGGAGUAUUAGGUAGUUUCUUUCUUUUUUUUUUUUCUCUAGAUUUUUUAUUCUUUUUUGGGGAGAAUGAGUUGUUGUUUGUUGGGAUUCUUUGGGUGGGCUGGGUUGCAUGCUCACUUACUUAUAUACAGUACGUGCCUUAUUUGUGGGUAGGAUAUGGUUUAGUGUUUAUAGAAGAUAGAUCUACGAGCUAGAUGGAUGGAUAGAUGAUAGAUAUCUAGAGGCAGACUGCAACUACCUGCUAUAAGC